AUGGAUAAUGAAUCUACCAAUGAAGCAGCCAUUAAUAUUUCUCGGCAAACUGCCAGGGUUGCUAUAGACGGAGAAGAGACGGCACCGCACGGGAUUGAGGUGACGGCGGAGGCGGAGGCGGAGGCGGAGGCGGUUGUUCGGUCUAUUCCCCAGCCUCAAGCAACGGUAGAGAAUUCACAUAACUUUGCCAGUGCCCAACGUCGACUCAUGAACGACUUGCAGGUUAUUCAUAUGAACAAGUGCGAACAGUUUUGGACGAGGCCGCUGGAGGGCGAUUUGUUCCAAUGGAAGGCAGUCGUUCUUGGUCCAGAUGGGACUGCGUGGGAAGGUGGUGUGUUCAAACUGCUUUUGCAAUUCCCCCCUGAGUAUCCCUUUUCUCCGCCUUCUGUGCGGUUUACAACAAAAAUAUUUCACCCAAAUGUGUAUGGAAAUGGGGACAUCUGCCUUGAUACACUGAAAGACAAAUGGUGUCCGUCACUGAGCGUGGAGUCGGUUCUCUUGAUGAUUAUUUCACUACUUUCAGAUCCAAACCCUAACUCUGCAGCCAACGCUGAGGCGGCCAGUAUGUAUGUCCAAAGCAGGGACAAGUAUGAGGAGCGUGUGAGGCGUGUUGUUGAAGAGUCGCUUGAACAAUCAUUCAGUGAUGCAGAUGAUGAUGAUGCUACGGAAGGCGCGGAGUGA